AUAUCUGUUCUAGUUCAUGAAGGCAGCCCUCUUGGCGAGCUACAUCGUUGCGUCAGAGAUGGUGUAAAAGUCAAUGUCCACAUCCGAACUUUCAAGGGACUGCGUGGAGUCUGCACAGGGUUUUUGGUUGCGUUCGACAAAUUCUGGAAUAUGGCCUUGACAGAUGUAGAUGAGACAUACAGAAAGCCUGUACUGGGCAAAGCGUUCUACAGUGAACCUCAGCUGACUCUUACCAGGCUGUUUGACAGACUCAAACUGCAGGAGUCCUUGAUAAAGAAGGGAGCUGACUCAAGGACUGCAGCAGAGGAGCCAGCCCUGACAAAUGAAUCCAAGAUGUUUGGACGGAAAGCUGGGUCAGGACGGGGGAGAGCAGAGGACGAGUGUGGGAUGCAGAAAUUUUUGAGUGGAGCUGAAGAAAAGAAGACAACAAAUGACAACUUGCAUCUGGCAGUCAGGAAUAAGGCUGACCUGCCGAGCAGGACUGCCCAGACAGAGAGUACUAGUGCAGGGGGUGCUAAUGCAAAAGGCCAGCCACGGAAAAAACGGAGGCCCAAAGUGGAUUAUCAGCAGGUGUUUACACGUCAUAUAAACCAGAUAUUUAUCCGAGGAGAGAAUGUCUUGCUUGUUCAUUUAGCACAUUGACUUGGCUGAGCCUUAGUCAGUAUAUUUAACACAUAGCAUGAAUUGCAGCUACAGCUCUGUGCUACUUAGCAUUGUUGUGAAGUACCGUGGUAUCAUAACUGGUUCCCUUCCUUCAGCCAUAACAGGAUAGGGGAAAUAGUUGCAAGUUUGUCGGAGGUUGCUGCAUCUUCAGCCAGCCGCCAGAUCAGCCUCGCUAGACCUCUUCCAUUCAAGGGGUUGAAGGCAAGUUCAGCAAGAGUUUGCUUCUGCAAGAUGAGGAAAUGAGGAGAAUCCUCAAGGCAGGACAGGAGGCUUCUUAACAGGCUACAUUUAAGAGGGUUGAGGGGUGACAUCAGUGUGCUUGGUUAUGGGACAAAAUAGUCACCCCACAUUUAAAGAGCAUGCGACUCAGCAUACAAGUCUAAAAUGAGUGACCGAUGCUAAAUACUGUCUCAUAAUUGCAAGAGAAAUUGGUUUCUAAUGAAACCAACUUAUGUAAUAUUAGUAGUUAAAGUCUGGCAAAGAAUAACUCUUGUAUCUUAAUUUGUAAGAGAAUUAACAGCCUAUGCAAAAGAGGGACAACUGCAAUGGCGUUAACCAUUAGUGUCCUGCUGUGGCAGGCACAGCUCUGUAAAUGCACCCCAAUUCUGAGCUGCAGCACCCUCUGUUGUCCAAGCCUGUCUUUUGAACAAAGACUGAAUGUUGAGGUGGUCUGAUGUGUCUAAAUAAGGAGAGGGGGGGAAAACCCCUGUUUGUCAGGAUUUGAACUUAUGUCCAUUGGCAUAGCUUGUGCUUUUCCCCACUUGCCAUGCUUUCUGCCUGCACUGCCAGCCAGAAGUUAAAGUAGUCAAUCAAAUAACUUUCUUACUGGGAAUUUCUACAUGAAACACAAGAAAUCAUACUCCAGUCUUUUGUAUUUCUUAUCAGCCAUUUGCCACAGUCUCACAUUUCACUGUUAUACUAUAUACUUUUGUCAGAUUUGAAAAAUAGCUUGUACUUAG